AGAAUAACAACAAACUCGAAUUAAAUACUAACUUGAAAUUUCUCUCGUUUGCCAUAGGAGGGCACGGCAGUAAUCUAACCCACAGCCAGGUCGAUCCCCGUUUCUAUACUCGACGCCCCCUUGAACGAGAAACCUCCUCUCCGGCAAAUAGGGUUGCUGCUACUACUAUCACAGUUUCCCGAUCACCGCCCCCCCUCGGUCUCCGGCGAACCCACCUAAGAACCCUAGCUCGCUUCACAGUCACCGGGAGCUCUUAGUAAUUCAAUAAAGUCGAAGCCCUCUUUCUUCCCUAUGGUGAACAUCACUUUGUAGUCGCUUCGAAGGGCACUCGCUCGCGCAGAAAAAGCCGAUUGUUUCCCGCAGCUUCUUCAUCCACCCAUGGCGCUCCCUCUCGGCAAGUUGGUUAUUCUUGCCGGUGCCGGUCUUAUUGGCGCUAGCACUGUUUAUGGGAAAGAUUCAGGCAUUACUGAUUGGCUCUUUGGAGCUAGCAAGAUUUGGAAGCAGCUAAAGAAAGACACUGGGUCUGGGAAAAAGCCACAAAAUGACUCGUUGAUGGCACAGGUUAACAGUCUGAGGCAGGAACUGCAAUUGUUGGCAUCAAACGGACCAGUUACAAUCAUCACUUCUGGAGGAGCAGGUGCUAACAAAUAUUAUAUAAUCGUUGUGGGUGGAGUGAUUGGCUGUGGCUAUGUUUGGUGGAAGGGCUGGAAACUCCCUGAUAUGAUGUUCGCUACAAGGCGUACUUUAUCUGAUGCCUGCAAUUCGGUAGCCCAACAACUUGAAACUGUCUAUGCUUCACUCCGGACUACUAGGAAGGAGUUAUCGGCAGGCAUUUCAAACUUGGAUACUAAGUUGACGGAGAUUGAAAAAAGUACAGAUAGCACACAAGGAAUAGUUGUUCAACUACUGGAAGGAUCAGGAAAAAUCGGCAAGGACUUUCAUUCUUUUAAGGAACGUGUUGAAUCUCUGAAGUCAAGAGUCGAUAACAUUGCAGUGAAGCAGGUAGAGUCGAUAUCUGGAAUACAGAGUCUGUUGGCUGUUGCACACCAGACCUCGCCUUCUAGCCCACCACAGAUUUCAUUCUCCUCAGUGAGCGCUUUGCCACCUGCUGCUGAUGGAUUAUCAUCAAGGCCUGCUACUUCCGAUCCAUCUCCUGAGGUUGAACAAACUCCCCGAAGAAUUGUAUCGCCACCCUCUACUCAGCAGGGUAACGGGGUUGCUGGCGUUACUGAGUUGACCAGCCAAGGCAUUUGGAACGGUAUUUUUACUCCAGAAGUAACGAAUGGAGGAGAGUCUUCUUCUUCUUCUUCAGUUCUGCAGAGACCAUCGUCGUUUCUCUCGAGAGUAUUCAGCAGCACCACAGAGGAUGUUGUUGACGCUUUUAAGAUGAACUGA